GGAAGAAAACGAGGAGCGGCUGAGGGUGAGCUCUAUAAAUAGCUCGCCUCGGUCGCGGCGGCAGAGCGCGUUGUCCAUCUCUCUCUCUUCCUCUUCUCUUCUUUCCGGUAUCCUGAAAUGGCGAAAAGAUUCACCUCUCUCUCACCAGUGAGUGACCCGACCGACCCCGUCCCGACCCAUUUCUGGCGCCCCCUGGGAGGGGAGAGCGUGGAGCGAGGGAUUGGGAUUGGGACAGGAGGAGUGGCGGACGGGGGACAGAUGAACAGUACGGCGGCGGUGGCGGCGGCGGCGCCUCGGCCGCUCUUCACCGUGUCGCAGUGGCAAGAGCUGGAGCUGCAGGCGCGCAUCUUUAAGCACCUGGCAACCGGAGAAGCCGUGCCGAUCCAUCUGGUUGACCACUUCCGAAAGAGCCUCGAGUCCAUGGCGUCCCGCUAUUACCACCAUCCCGCCGCCGCCGCUGCUGCUCUGGGUUAUUACUCCUACUUCGGAAAGAAGCUGGACCCGGAGCCCGGCCGGUGCCGGCGCACGGAUGGGAAGAAGUGGCGGUGUUCCAAGGAGGCUUACCCCGACUCCAAGUACUGCGAGCGCCACAUGCAUCGGGGCCGCAACCGUUCAAGAAAGCCUGUGGAAGCACCUCCACAAUCUCAGUCUCAGUCCCCUUCGGCAUCCACCGUGACAUCCCCCGCCCUGACCGCGAGCAGUCGGAAUGGCGGUGGCAGCUUCCAGAGCAUCCCCCUGCACUCUUUUGCAGGUAGUAGCACUGCUGCAGGUUCUUUCUCCGGCGGCGCGGGCUCCUCCCAGCUGCUGAUGGACCCUGGUUCCUAUAGCAUGGCCGAAAAGGAGUUCAGGCACCCAUAUGGGAUGAAAGCUGAGGUGGAUGAGCAUAGUUUUUUUUCUGAAGCUUCUGGAAAUGCAAAGGGCCUUGGAAUCGACUCUUCCCUUGACAGCUCCUGGCGUCUGAUGUCAUCUCAGGCAUCCUUGUUUCCUCCUUUGAAAGCCAGGAACAACUCUUCUCUAUCGAGCAGUUAUCUUCAGUAUACAACUCUGCAAGAACUGGGGCAGGCUUCAAUCAGCUCCCUGUCAAAGCCAGAGCAACAGCAGCAUUCUUUCUUCGGUAGCGAGUUUGGAUUGGUGGAGCCUGUGAAGCAUGAAAGCCAAUCACUCCGACCCUUCUUCGAUGAGUGGCCUGGAACAAGGGAUAUGUGGUCUGACCUUGAAGAUGAGAGGUCCAACCAAAAUUCUAUCUCCACAACCCAACUCUCGAUUUCUAUACCGAUGGCAUCCUCCGACUUAUCCACUACCAAUUCUAGAUCUCCUAAUGAUGACUGAAGGGCUUGUGGUGGGCAUGUGGAGCCAUGAUGUGGGGUGGGAGACUUGCUUGAUGGCCAGGGAUCCUCUUCUGGUUUAAUUAUGUCUGACAUUGAUUAUCUUCAUGGGAGUUGUGUUGAUUGGUUUGGCAUUUAAAUUCAUGUGUGGUCUUUUAAAUAGCUUGUACCAUCUAUGAAAACUUUAUAUAAGUUAGUUUUGGAAUCCAGAUGCCUGGAGAUAUAAAAGCUACUGUGGAAUAUCUUGUUCAUGUCUUAACAUGUGAAACCUGGGCAGCAAUCAAACUGUUAUUCAUCACUGCAUGGCUGCACUAGAGUAUUCAAAAGUUCUGUUCCUCAAAUUCAGGCAUUUGUACCAAUAUGAUCUUUAAUACUAUGUUGUUUUGUCUCUGCUACAACU